AUGCAAUCGCAAGGGUUUGAGGUGAUUCCGUAUUCGGGUUCUUCGAGAAUGGAGCUAAAGCGGAGUCAUCAGUGGCUUGCAGAACCUUCCGACUCAGAACUACUCAGUAAUAAGAGACAGUUGGUAGAGAUUGGUGCACAUCCAUGGGACAAUUCUCUUGUGUCCACACAGUUAACUGAUUGCUUGUUCGAACCUGCUAACGCGCAGCGUACAUCAGAUCUUUUUGGGAUAAAUAUUUCUCCUACCAUAGAUGGUCAACAUGUUGAGGAGCAAUGCAGCAAUGAAUUAUCAAUUGGUUUGCCAGUGGUUCAUGCUAGCUCAUUUGAUCUUGACACCAUUAGAAAAGUUAAACUCAGUCAAGUGUCUGAAUCCGGAAACAUGCCUGAAUCUAUGGUUCAGCUUUAUGGUGAAGGAAUUUCAAGAUCGUUCGAAAUGUGUCCUUCAUAUACUAGCGGUCAAGAUAGCUCACUAUCCUUUGGACAAACCUGCAGUAAUAUUGACAAGAGCUUCAUCUUGCCUGGACCAUUCGUUAGUAAGGCGGAUGGAAAUUUCAUUCGGAACUUCAACAUUGAAGGUGUUGAUGUCAUGCCAAUGGGUAAUAUUUAUGACACAGGAGAUGGAAAUGUCUUGUCAAAAUUUCAUCCAUUUGAGAAAGGGGUAGACACUUAUGCAUUGAUGGGCCAGUCUCUUCAAAAGGCUGAUAGUAAUAGUUUCUCAAUGAGUCCUUCCUAUAACAAGGGACAUGAGAACUUCAUGUCUCUUCUCUCUUGUAACAAACUGCCUGAAAAUCUUUUCAUGACCGAAUCAUGCCAUCAUAAAGAAAAUGCCAAUGUGUUGUCAGGUGGACAGUCACCAUACACGGAAGGCGGUGAGAUGGCAUUUAUGGUUUCUAGCCAAGACAGUGCAGACCAAAACAAUGCUCGAACCAAUACCAUAUCUUUUGGAGAUUAUCAGAAAGAAACCACAAUGGGUUCAUCAGUUCGUGUUAUUAACAGCUAUGAGAACUUCAGCCAUGCCCCUGCAACUGCUAAAGAUCCUCUUCAUAUGGAAGCAGUGGGAAACAUAUCUUUUGACUUUAGAAAUCCCCACUAUGAUAGCCCCAGAGUUGAUACCUUGCUCGUACCCAAACGUAAAGACACAAAGACAGCUAAGAAGGAUUCUACAAACACAUUUCCUUCAAAUGUUAAGUCACUGCUGUCAACCGGAAUGUUUGAUGGAGUUACUGUGAAGUACUAUUCGUGGUCACGUGAGAAAAAUCUCGAAGGAAUUAUAAAGGGGACUGGGUAUCUAUGUGGUUGCGGCAACUGUAACUUUAAUAAAGUUCUUAAUGCUUAUGAAUUCGAGCAGCAUGCUAAUUGCAAGACAAAGCACCCAAAUAACCACAUAUACUUUGAGAAUGGAAAGACCAUUUAUGGCGUUGCUCAAGAGCUGAAGAAUACACCUCAGGAGAAGUUGUUCGAUGCUAUUCAGAAUGUAACAGGAUCUGAUAUCAACCGUAAAAAUUUCAACACCUGGAAAGCUUCAUACCAAGUUGCGAGCCUUGAACUCCAACGUAUCUAUGGGAAGGAAGCUGUCACUUUGGCAUCUUGA